GUCUGAGAUGAGGAAGAAGCUCACACAGGACGCCGACGACUGUCAGUCCCUGCAACAACCACCGACGCUGCACAUCGGGGGAAACUGCGAAGAUCUGAUCUGUGUGAACCUGGAUGAAAUUCCUCAACCAUUCUCAUUUCGAAUCGACUCUUCUCAUGAACAUGAACUGAGGACACGGGGGUGGAAAAAUGGAAGUGAAGGAGGCCAGUGAAACAAGGACUUCCUGGUCUGCAACUCUACGAGAGACACCGUCCACCUUCUGUGACCAUGCCGGGAAGAAGAGAAAACAGGACACGGCUCCUGAGCCUGUGAUCAGAAUCACAGAGGAUGACGAGGAGGAGGAUGACGACGAGGACGAGGACGGCAAGAUGUCGUUCAACCGCAUGAAAGACUCAGAGGAGCCUUGUAAUAAAAGAGUCAAACCUGUGGUCAAGUCCAACAGUCUAACAGGGGUCAUCACCCCGACCAAGACCCCCGCUCUCAAACGCAUUGGACAGUCCAUUUCGCGGUCUAUAAGUUUCCGUACAGAGGCUCGACCUUUGCCCCCACCCGUCCUCCGCUCUCGCCCAAAGGCCUCGUCCUUUCCACGGCGGCGCAACAGCCAGUGCUGGAGCGACACUGUGGAGAGUCACGACCUCACCGCGAAGGAGAUCAAGCGCCAAGAGGUGAUUUACGAGCUGACUCAGGGAGAGAGACAACUCAUUGAGGACCUCAGUCUGGUGAAGAAGGUGUACUAUGAGCCCAUGCUGAAAUUGGACAUCAUGACAGAGAGUGAGCUUGGACAGAUCUUUGGCACGUUGGACUCACUUAUUCCUCUGCAUGAAGAUCUCCUGAGUCGCCUGGAGCGUCUGAGGGGAUCAGAGAAGACCGUUGGAGAAGUGGGGAAUACUCUACUGAACUGGUUCCCCUGCCUCGAGGCUUACGUCACAUACUGUUGUAACCAAGUGGGAGCCAAAGCCCUGCUUGACCAGAAGAAACACGAGAAGAGAGUAGAGCACUUCCUGCGCUUGUGCCAGGAGUCAUCGUUCAGCAGGAAGCUGGACCUGUGGAACUUCCUGGAUCUCCCCAGAAGCCGCUUGGUCAAAUACCCACUGCUGCUGAAGGAGAUACAGAAGUGCACGCCGCCAGAGCAUCCAGACGAGGACACAUUACCUGAUGCUCUGGAGUUGAUUCAGAGCAUCGUAGCGGAAGUUAACAAGAAGACAGGGGAGGCUGAGUGUCAGUUCUACAGGCGGAACCUUAUAUACCUCGAAGAGAGCCAGCGACUCCCAGAGAUCCAGCUGUCUCGCUUCCUCUGCUGCCAUGGAGAGCUCAAGAACAACAAGGGCCAGCGGCUGCAUGUGUUCCUGUUCGAGCUGGCACUGGUGCUGACCCGACCGAGCGAAGACAGAGAGGGUGGUCAGUUGUUUCACGUGUAUAGACAGCCUUUGCCCAACGCCUCCAUAAAUCUGGAGGAAAUCCCAGACGGAGAAGCGUGUGGUGGCGGUAGCUUCAGAGGAGCCUUCACUGGGGGAAAUGAUAAAGUGAAGAACUGUUUCCGUGUGAGCAGCAGAGGGCGCUCCAAAGCUCACCCGUACAGCCUGCAGGCCAACGACUCCUUCAGCAAGCAGCAGUGGAUCAGCUGUCUGCGUCAGGCCAUCAUCCAGUCGCGGGACAGGACGGCUCAGACCAGCCAGUCACCGCACUCCCCUCACCCUGAUCCUGCCCUGUAUAACAUAGCGGACCUCAGCCUCACCUCAGACACAGAAAUGACCGACCCCCCCACUGGCUGACUGAUCAUCGUGAGGACUGUGGGGUCAAGGCAGAUGAUGUGAAGAGACUGUUGAAAGAUGAUUGUACCUAAUAUUUCUUACAUGGAUCUUGCCCCCCUCCCCUGUGUUGUGUGUGUGUAUUCUGCACAGCCUGCGAACAAUUGUCUGAAAGUUGAAAGGAUAGUUCCAAGUUUUUCGAAGUAUGGUUUUAUGAGGCACUGACACACACUGGCAUAAGACAGACCAAACUAUACAGCCUAGAAGAACAUCAGACCAUCAAGAAAUUACCACAUGGACCGAGUGAACUUGGUCUUAGAUCUAUUUAGAACGUCAUUUUAGCCAGUUGGAAAAAAGAGUGAUGUUAUGUUGGAGCAACGGUGGAUCAGUGGUAGAGCAAGUUGUCUUUCAUCGAUUCCCGGCUCUGCUAGACCACAUGUCCAUGGGUCCUUGGACAAGACAUUUAACGCCACAUUGCUCUUGAUUUCAUACGCUCCGCUAGCAGAGUAUGAAUGAGUAUGAUAGAAAAUGCAGUGUGAAUGGAUGAAUGCUAAAAGUGUGAGUGUCAUCGACACUAGAAAUGUGUUUGAUUUCCUGUAAAACUGGAGGACAAAGGCUAAACCAUCCGAUCAUGACAAAUAUUUUUUGGUUGUACAUCUGGGAUCUGAAUGUCUUUGAAAGAAUAGUGGGUCACACAAUAUUUUUGUUCAAAUAUCACAUUUUUGAAAAAAUACAAACAGCUUUAAGUUUAAACUCUCUUAAAAAAUA